AUGGCGACCGCGGCGGCCUCGCUGGUGCAGCGCGAUGCGCGUCUGGACCAGGUGCUCCAGGGCGUGCAAGAUGCAUGCGCGAAACUCGGCGCCUCCCAACAGAAGGAUAUCGAUCAGGCCACGUCCAUGCUGCUGUCUCUGGCUGACUCGCCCCACGUGAUCGACGAUACCUGCUUCAUCCUGGCACACUCGCAGGACGAGGCCGUCCAGUUCCAUACACUCGGUGCGAUCCUUCAAGCCAUGCCCCUUCUUUCUGUGGAAGAUGGUGCGCGUCAAGUACGAUCGCUCGUUGAUAUGCGCGAGUGGCUGCUGCAUGUAGCUGUCGUGCGCGCGCGCGCGUGGCUUAGCGGACAUACUUGGCCUGCCUACGUCCGCUCGCGGCAUCUUCGCGUCAUUGUGAUGCUGUCGCAGCGUGCCGGUGGUCAGCAUGCCCGCGCUGAUCCAUCGCCCCUGCUCUCUCUCGGACAGCACAUGGCCGACCUACUGAACGCGGACGAGGCGUGCAUGGUCGUCGGCCUGGGCUUGGCGUCGGUCCUCGCCGAGGAUCGACCUACAGACACGUCUGAAGCAGGCAGUCGUCUCGGGCUGACUUGUGAUGAGCAUAUGUGGUGCCAUGCACUGAUGGAAGCAAAAAUAUGGCCGCUUCUCUUGCAGCCCCUCUGGCACGCAUUGCACCAGACCACGGACCAUGUGCGACAAGCGGCGGGCUCGCAGAUCUCCAGCGGUCUGUUCUAUCUCUGGGCACUCGCUGCCCAGGCGAUAUCGGCUGUACUCGCAUGGCGCAGUGUGCCCGUCCCCUCUGUGGCUAAGGACGCCGAGCUGACUUCCCGCACCGCCGAGCAGCUGUGGGAGGCAUUGCAGCAGAACAGCGCUGGAGAGACACCCGCAAGCACACGCCGUGUCUCUCGUGCACUGAGCCCCAUACUGUGUCAUGCGGACGUACCGCUCUUUUUGGGCGACGUGGCACGUCUUGCCACAUCGAUGGCGCGCGAAGUGCCGGCGCAUGCGUUCAGCGCCCAGCAGGUCGCCCAGGCGAUGCACGAGGCCUUUCUGCAUGUGGCUACCUAUGAGCUGCACACCGGCGAUCCCAGCACGAGCACAUGGACCGCGCAGCGCGCCGCACUUCUGCACGAGAUGCACAUGCAGAUGGAAGCGCUCGCACCUCGCCUAACGCACGCAGAUGAAGAGCAUGUCGCGGCACUGCAACACAUGACGCAUGCGUACACGUCUCUCCUCGACGGCGCCAGCGGCCGCGUGCUGCUGGAGCAGGCUGUGGCGCCCGAGACACUCCUUGAGGCGCUCGCGCGCGUCACAGCCACCUGCUUCCACGUCGCAUUUGAGCUCGUGCCCCUCUCCGACGACGCCGAGAUUGGUGCAGCGAGCGAGGCUGCCUUGGAAGAGGCGCUGGGGCUGUGGCGCCGCCUGCUGAUCGCGCUGCACGGCACGGACGCCUCGGCCGUAUUGGAGUACGUCAGUACGCAUGUGGUGACGCCGUACCAACAGGGGCGCCUCAAAGCGGCCGCCCUGGUUGCUGAGCGCGACGUCGACGAGCACGGCGACGAGCAGGAGCGUGAUGUGGAUCUGUAUGAUGAGCAACUCACGGUGUAUGCGGCCCUGGCGCGCACAUGCCUGGACACUGCCCUGUCGUCGCUCGCUGCAGCUGCGCCACCAGCGCCUACGGCGGCUACGGCGCCUGCCAUAUGGGAGCAGUGGCACUGGCUUGCUCUGCUGGGCGGUCAUGUGCUGGCCGAUGCACCGUGCGGCGAAGAAGUCAUGGUACCGGAAGCCGUGCAGAGUGCAUCGCCCGCCACACACACUGCGCUCCACGGGCUCAUCCACACAUUCCUGGCGCUCGUUCAGGCGCUGGCGCCGCACGGCCCCGAGACACCUACACCAGCGAGUCCUCAGACCAUGGCAUCGGCCCUGUGGUUUACGGCGCGCUGGAUCCCGACGUACCUGAUGCGCCAGGCUGGCAAUGACGUUGGCAAUACCCUAGAAGAGCAUGUCCUUGACGAGCUGGCGCCGUGUAUGGCAACGAUUUCUCGGACGUGGCGCUCCGAGGCGGAUGUGCUCAGUGCUCUUGCCCUUGUCUGGGACGCGCUCGCACAUUCGUCAAGCGCGAUGCGCGUGUGGCUCGGCAAGCCAGCGGUGCAUGCGCUUGUGCAGGACACGCUCGGACGCCUGGAGGAGCUGCCGGAAGCGGCGCAAGGGCCCCUAGUGCGUGCGCUCGUGCGCUGCAUUGACGCAGCGCGCGAUGGCCCGGUCGUGCGUGCCGCGCAGGUGCGCGACGAGUACUUUCCCAUGGUCGUGCAGAGUGCGCAAGCGCGACUGGAGGCCGCACAGCAUGCGCCCCCCGCCACGGUAGCAGCGGCGCUUGGGCUCUGGCAGGCGCUCGCCGAGGCGUCCGAUCCACAGACGAGCGGGCCCGUGCAUGUGCACCUCUUUUCCCAGCUGCCGGCCAUUGUGGGUCUCGUACAGGCGCAGGCGCAGCAUGCCGAUGUCCUGAUGGCGGCGCUGCGUGCUGUACGCGCCAUGGUGCGCGCGCUGCCGGAGCUAGAGGCUCUUGCGGAGUUACUGCCACGCGCGUGUGCGGGCGUGCGUGGGCUUCUGGACGCCGUAUACCCAACCCUAGCUUCGGUUCCUCCCACGCAGGGCCCCGAUGCUACGGGCGAGGAGCUGCUCAGCCACUAUCUGGCGCUCCUCCACGAGUGGGUCCAAGCGGGAGGCACUGUGCCUGCGGAGGCCGCGUCAGUCUCCCUGUCGCCGAGCGCCAUGGGUCUUGCGGCGCUCGCGCAUGUACUUCCGAUGCUGAACCUGGAGGUGCUGAGCGUGGCGAGCGUGCGGGAGAGUCUGUGCGACACGGUGCAUGCGCUGCUGAUCGUUGCGCGCGAGCCGCUGCUCGCUGCGGCGACCGGCGCGGCGCCCUUGCUCCCGCCGCCGUUUGCCACGGACGACCUGCGUGCGAAUGUGAUCGUCCCCAAAGGCAUUGAGCUGAGUCCGCUGCAGGCUGUGCUGCGUGCGGCCGUCUUUGUUAUGGCGUCAGCGGACUCGCUCACCGAGGCAGCGGCCAGCGCGGUGGCGCAGGGUCUUGGGUUUUUGGCCGAGGCGCUUGCGACGCUGGCGCCGACGGCUGCGAGCAGCACGGUCCAGACGAGCAUCGACGCGGUGGUGUGUGAUCUCCUGCAGAGCUUGCUGCUCCGUCCGCUGCACAUGUCGAUGCUCACGCCGACGCUCCUGGCCAUCCGCAAGAUCUCGCUGGGCCGCGUGCAGGCCACGGCACUCGGUGGCUCCGAGACGUUCCUGUCGUUCCUUGCUCAGCAUUGCGCCGCCGUGGCACUGCCGCCUAUGUCGCCGUCGGAGGAAGCGCGCGUGCGUGCCGCGUACAUGCCCGCCGCCGAGCACAUUCUGCAGCAGGUCCUGGCCAGUGUGCCGCCGCCGCCGCCGUCGUCGGCAUCGCCGGCGCUCGCGGCCCGCGCCGCGCUCAAAGGCGAGAUGACCGCAGCCGUGGGGUUCAACCGUUUGGUGCGGCCGUUUGUGCUACAAGCGCGGGGCACACUGGUGGUCCGCUAG